GCAGAGUCCCCGGGCGGGAGGCGCGCGCUCUGGGCAGCGCCCGGCCCUGGGCAUGGACAGAGGGAGCUGGGCGCGCAGGGGGCGCCUCGGGACCGGGCGGCCGGAGCGCUGAGCCAGACAAAGGCUCGGGAGUUGCGCUUGCUCUCAGGAGCCGGGCCCCGGGCGCCGAGGCUGCGGGACCCCGCGGCGGGCGGCUCUGGCCGGCCCUCUCCCCCGUGGGCCGGCUCCGCGCGCUCGGACCUGCCCUGCGCGCUUCUCCCCGGGCGUGGGAAUUUGCCGAGGGGACCUAAGCGGCUUCGGCGGGGAGCGGGACCCGGAGGUCUGCCGCGCGCCCGCCGGGCGGGGAGCCAGGGAGCGUCGCAAGUUUCGGAGCCGCGUGCGGGCACCCGGCGCCGGCGGGCGGGCGAGCCCCGCGUGCAGCGCUCCGGGCCGGGCUGGGCGCCGAGAGCAUGGGCAGCGACCGGAGCGCGCUCGGACGGCCGGGCUGGGCGGGCAGCCUCCUUGGCGGCCGGGAGGCGGCGGCGCGGCCGCGGCUACUGCUGCUGCUGCUGGUGCUUCUGGGCUGCCUGGGCCGCGGCGCGGCGGCGGAGGACGCAGAAGUCAACGCCGAGAAUUGGCUGCGGCUCUACGGCUACCUGCCCCAGCCCAGCCGCCACAUGUCCACCAUGCGCUCCGCCCAGAUCCUGGCCUCCGCCCUCGCCGAGAUGCAGCGCUUCUACGGGAUCCCUGUCACGGGAGUGCUCGACGAAGAGACCAAGGCGUGGAUGAAGCGGCCCCGCUGCGGGGUGCCGGACCAGUUCGGGGUGCGCGUGAAGGCCAAUUUGCGGCGGCGGCGGCGGCGCUAUGCCCUCACCGGCAGGAAGUGGAACAACCACCACCUGACCUUCAGCAUCCAGAACUACACGGAGAAGCUGGGCUGGUACCACUCGCUGGAGGCGGUGCGCAGGGCCUUCCGCGUGUGGGAGCAGGCCACGCCCCUGGUCUUCCAGGAGGUGCCCUACGAGGACAUCCGGCUGCGGCGGCAGAAGGAGGCCGACAUCAUGGUACUCUUCGCCUCCGGCUUCCACGGCGACAGCUCACCGUUUGACGGCACCGGCGGCUUUCUGGCCCACGCCUAUUUCCCUGGCCCUGGGCUGGGUGGGGAUACCCAUUUCGAUGCCGAUGAGCCCUGGACCUUCUCCAGCACUGACCUGCAUGGGAACAGCCUCUUCCUAGUAGCAGUGCACGAGCUGGGCCACGCGCUGGGGCUGGAGCACUCGAGCAACCCCAGUGCCAUCAUGGCGCCCUUCUACCAGUGGAUGGACACUGACAACUUCCAGUUGCCUGAGGACGACCUCCGGGGCAUCCAGCAGGUCUACGGCACCCCAGAUGGUCAGCCACAGCCCACCCGGCCCCUCCCCACUGUGACUCCACGGCGGCCAGGCCGGCCAGACCAUCGGCCCCCCAGACCCCCGCAGCCACCACCCCCAGGUGGGAAGCCGGAGCGGCCCCCGAAGCCAGGCCCACCGGUCCAGCCCCGAGCCACAGAGCGGCCCGACCAGUACGGCCCCAACAUCUGCGACGGGGACUUUGACACAGUGGCCAUGCUGCGUGGGGAGAUGUUCGUGUUCAAGGGCCGCUGGUUCUGGCGGGUCCGGCACAACCGCGUCCUGGACAACUAUCCCAUGCCCAUCGGGCACUUCUGGCGUGGUCUGCCCAGUGACAUCAGUGCUGCCUACGAGCGCCAAGACGGGCGUUUUGUCUUUUUCAAAGGUGACCGCUACUGGCUCUUCCGAGAAGCGAACCUGGAGCCCGGCUACCCACAGCCGCUGACCAGCUAUGGCCUGGGCAUCCCCUACGACCACAUCGACACGGCCAUCUGGUGGGAGCCCACGGGUCACACCUUCUUCUUCCAAGAGGACAGGUACUGGCGCUUCAAUGAGGAGACGCAGCGUGGAGACCCGGGCUACCCCAAGCCCAUCAGUGUCUGGCAGGGGAUCCCCACCGCCCCUAAAGGGGCCUUCCUGAGCAACGAUGCAGCCUACACCUACUUCUACAAGGGCACCAAAUACUGGAAGUUCGACAACGAGCGUCUGCGGAUGGAGCCCGGCUACCCCAAGUCCAUCCUGCGGGAUUUCAUGGGCUGCCAAGAGCACAUGGAGCCGGGACCCCGAUGGCCCGACGUGGCCCGCCCGCCCUUCAACCCCGACGGGGGUGCAGAGCCCGGGGCGGGCAGUGACAGCGAGGAGGGCGAGGAGGGCCACGAGGCGGGCCCGGGCGGCGGAGAGGGGGACUUUGGGGUGGGGCCGGACAAGGACGGGGGCAGCCGCGUGGUGGUGCAGAUGGAGGAGGUGACCCGGACGGUGAACAUGGUGAUGGUGCUCGUGCCCCCGCUGCUGCUGCUCCUCUGCGUCCUGGGCCUCACCUACGCCCUGGUGCAGAUGCAGCGCAAGGGCGCGCCCCGCAUGCUCCUCUACUGCAAGCGCUCUCUGCAAGAGUGGGUCUGACGCCCCGCCCCGCCCGCUCCUCACGGUGCUAGGGGGCCUGGGCUGGCCGUGGCGCCUGUGGUUCCGAGGUGGCUCCUGGGGCUCCCAGCAAGAGCCUUACAGCGGCUCCCUCAGCCCCUGGGUGGGGGCCCCUCCGGGCCUUCCAACAUCCCCGCCAGCCCUGCCUCCAUUGUUUAUUUAUGCCCAGGUGUCUUUUGUGUUUGCACACUAACUGAGCAUUUGUUUCUACUCUCCUGACCGGGGCAGUCCCUCAGGCCAGGGGGUUAGAGCUUUCUAAAUGUAGUUCUGCUCCAGACAGGGAAUUAGGCCCCCGCCCACCUCUGCCUGACCGCAGCCAGAGGAGCAGAGGAUCAGAAGGCUGAGUUGGGAGAGCGGAGGAAGAGCUGUGGAGGUUCUCCUGCCCUGGCCCUCCGCGCCCUGAGCCCCGGGGCCAGAGUGGGCUCCAAGGGCCCUGGAGACUGGUGGGGCCGAACUGGUCUCCAGCCCCCUGAGUCUCUCUGCCUUAGGAAGAGCUUUCACCCAGGGGCAGCCCCAGGCCGGAGGGGACAGCAGGGGGAGGUGGCCCACUGGCCGUGAGUCUGUGUUGAGUUCUGGCUCCUUCUCAACCCACCUCAGACAACCCCAGCAGCCCGGCUCCUUGUACCUGACAACUCCACUGCGCCCCUCCCAGCAAGGGGCCAGCAGUCCCCAGCUCCCACGUACCCCUUGAGCCCACACCUUCCCUUUCUCGAGAAGGGGCCCUGGGCCUGCCUUACCAAGGACCAAAGGGGGUCUCGAGGCCCCUCCACCCCAGGAGCCUUGCCCCCAGGCUGGGCUUCCAGCCCCCCUCCACUUUCUCCUUUCGGGGCUGUGACCUACCUGGGCUCCCUCCCUGGGCCCCUCCCACCCUUCCUCAUCCACAGCACUGUCCUCAGGGCUCUCAGAACCCUGCCAGCCUCAGCGCCAGCUGCCAGUGUCCCCGGGGGAGAGGGGGCUGAGGGGUGCCCAGGCUGGGGGUGUGGAUGUCCACAGCCCACCACACACCAGGCUGGGGAGCUUCCUCCCCUCCAGCUCCCUGUCCUCCAGCGCCCUAGGAGAAGGGACGGUGGGGAGGCCAGCGGCGCAUCCCCCCACGCAGACUGUGGGACAGGGCUGUGGAGCCCCCAGAGGAGCCCUGUGUGGCCUCGAGACUUGCCUCCCCCUGGGCUCAGCCCUGAGGGCGGAGAUGCUUCCUCCUCCUCCUUCCCAAAGUAAGCAGGAGGCGAGGCCGCCGUGGGAAAUGGUACUGUACAGCCGGCUGUCCCCUCUGCUUCCCUGCAGCCCUCAGCACGCGGCUCCACCACCCAGAGUCCCCAAGGCCCCCGGAGGGAGGGGCGUUUCAUGGGCUGGCCCCAGCACAGGUCCAGUAGCUUCCUCCUCCUCUGUCCUCAGAACCGGAGAGCCAGCCAAGGGGAGGGGGUCAGUGCCCACCCCUGUAUGUUUCUUUCUGUAAAUAAUCUGCACUGAUUAAAUUGUUCGGCCGGCGA